UCGAACGGUUGCAGCUGGACAAGCCAGAAUCUUCCUGCUGAUACCUUUCGAACAGGGUUGACUUUGUAUCCUCGGAAGGAGAUCAGAUAUACAAAAGUCAAGUAGGUAUUAAUAUGGAAGGCAUCGCUAUCUUGACGACCCCUCGUCGUCGCACACCAAGUCCGACCUUCCAGUUCCUCCGUCCCGCACCGAAACGCUCGCGGACCCCCUCUUCUCUUCCCCGUCUACCAUCUCUCCCAGCGGCUUCGCGUCCACCGAUUCGAACACCGUCAUCUGCACCACCUGUUCGUCGGUACAAGAAUCACCGGAAGAUCGCUUCUACGAACUCGAGUGCCCCGGAUAGGUUCAUCCCACGCUCCGCUGCUGCAGGAGUCUUACGCGUUGGAGGCAGUCUACCACGAAGUCCCAUCAACAGCGCAGACAGCGUGAGAAUGAGGAGACUGGGAAGUCCGGGGAGUCCGAUGAGCGACGAAGAGGAGCAUUCAGGCCGUUUAGCCGCCGCGUUGGGGAUUAACACUAACCCAUCAACCCGUAUCCUCAAUUUCACCCCGAUACUGCCCACACCACCCAAACCAACGAAGAAGAAUCCGAGACGUGUUUCGGCGUCGACGAUGGGUGCGUUGAGACUCGCCGUUCGAGCAGGGAUAUCACCACGGAAACCUCACUCAAUCUCAACGCGUCUUCCGAACCCGAGUCCGGUACGGAUAUUGGAUGCACCCGGCCUCAGCGAUGAUUUUUAUCGUACAUUGCUGGGGUGGUCGAAGAGCGGACACCUCAUCGUGGGUCUUGACUCGGAUGUUUAUUUGUGGCAUGAGUCGACGAGACCCAAAUUGAUGGAAUUGGAGGGGGAGGGGGAGGGGGAGGAGAAGGUUUGUGCGGUGGCGUUUGCGACGGGAUUGGAUGCUGUUGCGAUCGCGAGGGAUGAUGGGACGAUCAGUAUAUGUGCCGUCAACGGAGAGGGUGGAGUACGCGUCCGAUUUCGAGUGCAGGGUGGGAUUGGAGCCAUAGCCUGGCGUUGUCGUCCCGCACUCUCGUCGCAGCCGGGUAUGAUGGGAAUGGAAGAUCUGGUCGUGGGCGGGACGGAGGGACAGUUGAGUUGGUAUGCGGUUACGUUUGAUCCGGGGGCGGGGGUGCAUGGGUAUGAGUUGCGGGAGGUUAUUAGGGGUCCACAUGAUGAUCAGAUUUGUGGGGUUGUGUUUAGUGAGGAUGGGUUACGGCUUCUCGUUGGGGGGAACGAUAAUCGAGUUACGUAUUGGGAUUUCACAACGUCUUCUUCGCCUUCGCCUUCGCCUUCGCCGCUCUCGCCGUCUCGAGGAAGCCAAGGGAGGGAGCCGAAGUGGGUAUGGGAACAUGGGUCGGCCGUUAAGGCUCUUGCGUUUUGUCCGUGGAAGAGGAGUCUGGUCGCGACGGGUGGUGGAAGCCAUGACAAAAAGAUCAGGUUCUUCCACACCUUCACAGGUGCCGUGAUUAGUGAGAUCAACGUCGAGGCACAAGUAACCGGUCUCUGCUUCAGUCGAACCCGGAAAGAAAUAUGUGCGACAUUUGGGUACGCGGCGCCUACACAGCGAACACGGAUCGCGAUCUUUGAGUACCCGAGUGGGGAGUGUGUGUUCGAGGUCCCCGUUGAUUAUGAGAUGAGGUGUCUUGGGGCGUGUUUGAGUCCGGGUGGGGGGAGGGUUGUUGUUGCGCAGAGUGAUGAGACGAUAAGGUGUGGACUUUCUCCUUGGCUUUGAUUUAUGUUUGGGCUAAUAGUUAUGACAGGUUCUACGAGCUGUGGGAGGAGACGAGUAAGGAUGGGAGGAACGGGAGGAAGGAUAGUUUGAUCUCGGGGGUGCGGUCGAUGGUUUUGCCGAUGGGGGAGGGGUUUGGAGGUGUAUCGGGGAUUCGAUAAAG